ACUAGAUGUGGGCGUGCCGGUCCCCGGCCAUAAAAAUGGGGUUAUGGCUGGGGACGGGCACGCCCAUCUACACAGACACAGCUAUAAGACCUCGUGUACACUUCAGUUAAGUAUGGCAGAGGCGACUAGUACUAGCGUUGUCGGAGGUCUCCCUGAAAGACCUACUUGUGUCAUCUGUCUGGGAAUGGCUGGAUCAGGAAAGACGACAUUUGUACAGAGGAUCACAUCAUAUCUCCAUUCCUGUAAGAGUGCUCCAUAUGUUGUCAACCUUGAUCCUGCCGUGUCUGUUGUCCCGUACCCAGCCAAUAUUGACAUUCGUGACUCUGUCAACUACAAGGAGGUCAUGCAUGAGUACAAACUCGGACCUAAUGGAGCCAUUGUUACUGGCCUCAACUUAUUUGCAUCAAGAUUUGACCAGGUGAUGGGCUUCCUGGAGAAGAGAUCUUCUGAACACAAGUACAUCAUAUUUGAUACUCCUGGUCAGUUAGAAGUGUUCACGUGGUCAGCAUCAGGAACUAUCAUUACUGAGACUCUGGCCUCCACCUUCCCCACUGUGGUAGUGUAUGUUAUGGACAUUGUACGCAGUCUGAGUCCACUCACCUUCAUGUCCAACAUGCUCUAUGCUUGCAGCAUUCUGUACAAGACCAAGCUCCCCUUCAUUGUAGUAUUCAAUAAAACUGAUAUUGUGGACCAUUCUUUUGCUGAGGAUUGGAUGAGGGACUUUGAAGUGUUCCAGGAAGCCUUAGAACAGGAGAAGUCCUAUUCAUCUACACUUGUUCGUUCUAUGAGUCUGGUUCUUGAUGAGUUCUAUCAGAACCUUAAGACAGUGGGUGUGUCAUCUCUCGUAGGGACAGGAAUGCAAGACUUCUUCACUCUCCUCCAAGAGUCAAGGGAAGAGUUCCUGAGUGACUACUACCCUGAGCUGAUGAGGCUCAAGCAAGCCAAGGAGGCUGAGGCUGAGGUGAAGGCCAAGGCUCAACUAGAGAGGUUACGUAAGGAUCGUGGCGAUGGUGACCUUGUGGACUUGCCCAGAGCCAAACAAGAUACAGAUGUGCCCAAGAAAACACUCGAUCUGUAAUCUGAUCAUACAUGAAUGACUUUUUAUUUGUCUAACUCUGAUCUAGUAAGCUGCUAAUUAAUGGGCAAAUAUCAUUUACUAUAUGAGUA